AUGUUCCCGAUAGCUUCCACGGCGCGGAUGGAGCUGCCGUUCGAGUUCGGGUUUGAUAUUGAGAGCAUCCUGAACAGCUUUAACAUCACGACGGAGCAGGGGGUGGUCGGUGGGCUGAACACGGCCGCGAGCGCGUCCUUGACGCAGGGGACGAUCAGCAUCACCAUCGAGAACACCCGCUUGAGGUGGUGGACUAACAUCACCUGGUGUUCUCGUCGUUCAAUGUUGGGCCAGUUCGUUUCUUUGGGGGCACCAACGUCCAGGUCGCGAAGCAUGAAGGUCGAAUCACUCCUCGCCACGUUUGAGAGCCUGAACAUCGACGCCAUGAUUCCUGCGCUCUCAUCGAAGCUGCUGAACUUUGCGUCCUUGCAAGUGCUGUCCACGACCGGGGAGAACAACGUCUCGCACACGACCGUCUCGCUCGCGAACCCAUUCACCGCCGCGCUCGAGAUCACACACAUCUCGUCCAACGUCACCUUCCAGGGUAUUUCCCUCGGGACCAUUGAUGACGCCGUCUACGGUUGCGCUGCCCGUGGCGAGUAG